UGUCCUUCUACUGAGUUGUAAUGGACACCAUGGGAACACAAUGAUUUUUCUCCAGUGUUGGGACGGGGUACUUGUCGAACUCCACCAACACGGUGUACAGCAAGGUAUCCGCUUGGUGUACCUGGCGAAUAUCACAUCGCUUACACAACCGCGCGUGCAUAACCGAUGUGACGAUGUCCCGUACCUAACCAUGAACAUAUUCGCGUACAUAACCGAGCGCGCCGUUGACCAUCCCUUGUUUGUUUAAAAACUCGUGAUUAUUAGUGCCAGGCGGAGAUUUUCAUGCGAGCACGCGUGCCAUCCGGGAAUGUUUACGCUUUCUUCGUCUGGGAAAAAACCUUAAAGGUUUUAAUAAUUUCAUUACAUAUGGAAGAUCUUUGAAAGAGUGCUGUUAAGACCAGUUUUAUUAUUGAGUGCUCCAUACUUAUACUCGCAGUGGUAACACUUAUACAGCUGCGUUGUUGGUACAGUUUUGACCUCAUUCCCGAAUCGCGGUGAUUUAAACCAAGCUAAGCCAACAUCGCAAGACAACAUUUUGGACCCCUGGGUCGGUGUCCUGCGAUUCGAGCAGCGGUUUCACCUUAACACCAAAGCUCGUGAUCUAGACUGCCAAAACCGGAUUCCGUUAUUUUUACAGAAAGUGUUACGUGAUAACACAAACGAUGUCUUAUGAAACAGUCCACGUUUACAGCGCGGAAAUAUGCUCAGAGCGUGAACUUUGAACAUGUGAACAUUCUUGCGGCCACAUGCGAAUCAUAUUCGGCACGAAGGUGUCUGAGCUACAGCAGCUGUGCCUCAUGAGAUGGCUUCGCAGAUCGUUUUUGUAGGCGUACGGCUUCAUAUAGCUAACAAAAGUCAACUGUUUAAUUAAACCAUAAGAUAUGGUUAAAUUUGAGACGCGCUCUUAAAAUUUUCUUUAUACAAUUAGCGGCUCUAGCAUAGCCUGAAGUGAAGCGCCGUAUUGAGAGCCAUCAAAGUGUUUACGUAACUGCGCGUGCGUUGUUCUUUUAAUCGACCAAUGAAGCUGGGCGUGCUUUAGCUGAAUUCGAAAGUAAAGAAUUUUGUUUCCCUCAAUUCAACGACAGCAGUGCGGUAACCUAACAGCGUACCCAUAGUGUUUAAAUAUGAUAUUCACGGGAGCUGCAUCGAAAGUGCACAUUCUGAUAGCGAUAACGCUCAUGCCAUCAGCUUAUGGUAGUUUUGGAAAUUUUGAUCACUCUACUAUGAGUAGUGGCGCACCACAGGGCGAAAAAACCGAAAGAAGCUUUCGGUGGCGCAUUUCGAUUUGCGCUAUGACUAGAAACCCAAUCGCCUAUACAAUUGAAUGGAUUUUUUUCCACUAUAACCAGGGCGUUGAACAUUUUUUGUUAUACGAUGAUAUGAGCGACAAUGAUGUUUUAACUUUACCUGUACUCUUACAAGAAAAUGGAUUUCACGGACUGGUGGAAAUUUAUCCGAUCAACUUCCUGCGACAAAACAGAAAGAGUAACCAUGGAUAUUUCGAUCACUAUGCCAACCAGUUUCCAAUGAUCGAUCACUGCACUAACAGACUUCGCCGUUUGACUGAGUGGCUUAUGAUAAUUGAUGUGGACGAGUUCGUUUAUUCUACGAAACAUGGCACCAUCCUAAAAUUUUUGGAUCACGAAGCUAAAUCCAAAGACCGUAUAGAUGUCACAGCUUACUCAGUUUUAGCAGUCCGUUUCGGAACAGCUGGGUUAAGCAAAGACUUCCGCAGCAGGAUUUGGUGGGAUCCACAUGAACAGUUUACAGUCCUUCAGUAUGUGCCGAUUAAUAAAAUAAAAAAUGGAUUUCCUUUGUUAAUUGAUCGCUGCCGGUUUCGAGCCCCUCAUCCGGAUCUCGAGAAAGAUUUUCAAAUCAGACAAACGCAGAUUUGCGGAAACGACAGCCAUUUGUGCACCCACGCUAUUGGGAAGUCUCUGUAUCGCCCAGAAAAUUGUUCCGCCCCUUACGUGCAUUUCUGUAAAAAUUUGACCGGUAGAUCAGUUCCAUUACUGCUGGAUGACUUGAGAGUUGACCAUUUCGCAUGGUAUUCUGAAGAAUACUCCAGAGGAUUGAGUCCGAGUCUUCAUGGACACAAAAUAGCCAGUUAUCAGAAGUUCGAUAGAAUUUGGUUUUCUUCUGUACUGGAUGAAGGAAAGAUUCAGCAUAUCGUUUUGCUUCUGCAAACAAUUGAUAAACUGCAUCCAAAGGCAGCACCAGUUGCUGUUUCAAACAUUACUAAAGAGCUACCGGUAUGAAAGAAAAAAUAGCUCACCAUAGCAGCGUUCCUCAAAAGAAAAAAUGAAAAGCCUUUACGACCUAAGUAGUCAGCAAAACCUGGACACCUAUAAAUGAAGUUUAAAAUCCUUUCUCUCAAAUAGUGGAUUUUGUUUUUGAUCAGUGUCAAGUUCUACAUAAAUUACGGAAUUUGCACAUCGCUCACGAUAUCAC